AUGGGUGCAUGUGGGAGUAAAGAAGCGUCGGCCGAGGACACGGAGCAGAAAAAGAGAAGUCAGGCAAUAGACAAGAAAUUAGAGGAGGAUUCCCGCAGGUUACGGCGGGAAUGCAAGAUCCUACUACUCGGGUCCGGCGAGAGUGGCAAGUCUACGAUCGUAAAGCAGAUGAAGAUUAUCCACCAGAAUGGCUACACACAGGAGGAGAGGGCACUUUACCGGCUCACCAUUUACAAGAACCUCGUUGACUGCAUGAAGGCGCUGAUCGGCGCCAUGCAGCAGUUCGAAAUUGAACCAGAAGAUCAAACGGUCAAGGACUACGUGGAGUACAUAAUGGAAUUUAAUGUCGACCCGGAUCCCGAUACCACGCUUGAUCCCAAAGUCGCCGACGCUGUUGAAGCCGUCUGGAAAGAUCCAGCAGCGGCCAAGACAAUGGAACGACAGAGCGAGUUCUACUUGAUGGAUUCAGCCCCUUACUUUUUCGAAGAAGUGCGAAGGUUGGCAGCGCCUGAUUAUAUCCCCAACGAGGCCGAUGUCCUGCGGGCCCGCACAAAGACGACAGGUAUCUACGAGACCAGAUUUACCAUGGGUCAACUAAGCAUCCACAUGUUCGACGUAGGCGGGCAGCGCAGUGAGCGCAAGAAAUGGAUCCACUGCUUCGAGAACGUCACAUCCAUUAUUUUCUGCGUGGCACUCAGCGAAUAUGAUCAAGUUCUACUAGAAGAAUCGAAUCAGAACCGGAUGAUGGAAAGCCUUGUACUCUUUGAUUCGGUUGUCAACUCCCGAUGGUUCAUGAGGACCAGCAUCAUCCUCUUCCUCAACAAAGUCGACCUGUUCAAGGAGAAGCUAGGUCGAUCACCGCUAGGGAACUAUUUCCCUGAUUACUCGGGUGGCAACGAUGUCAAUCGGGCCGCCAAGUACCUGCUCUGGCGGUUUAACCAAGUGAACCGAGCACAACUCAACCUCUACCCUCAUCUUACACAAGCCACAGACACGACGAAUAUUCGGCUGGUUUUCGCCGCAGUGAAGGAGACCAUCCUACAAAAUGCCCUGAAGGAUUCGGGAAUAUUAUGA